ACCUGGGGUCGCGAACCGCCACCCGCUCCCGUCCCCAUGGCGUCCGCCUCCUGCGCACCCGCGAAGAUCCCGCAGGUCCUAGUCCUCGACCCACCCACGGACCUCAAGUUCAAAGGCCCCUUCACCACCGUAGUCACGGCGCAUCUUAAACUUCGUAACCCGUCGGCGAGGAAAGUGUGCUUCAAGGUGAAGAGCACCUGCCCUCGGCACUACUGCGUGCGGCCCAACAGCGGGGUCAUCGAGCCGGGUAGCACGGUGACGGUCGCCGCCAUGCUGCAGCCCUACUGCUGCGGCCCCAGCCGGGAGGUCAAGCAUAAGUUCAUGGUGCAGACAAUGUUUGCCCCUCCUGACACUUCGGAUCUGGAGGCCAUGUGGAGGGGGGCAAACCCCGGGGAACUAAUGGAUUCGAAAUUGAGGUGUGUAUUCGAAGCGCCGACAGAAAGUAACAAACUGGAAGAGGGCUUGAGAUUCAGAAAGGCAGCGCAUCCCGACAAGCCAGAAUCCUCCUCCUGCACGUCCUUGAAGCUGGGUUGCACCACGCCUCUUCCUGUUGUUCUGCUGGUGAUCGGAGCAGUUUGCUUUGGAUUUGUUCUAGGGAAAUUCGUCUUGUAGAGUGAGGCGCGUACAGCACUAUCCCCCUCACCCUACCCCAUCUUAGACUAGAAAAAAAAAAUUCUUUACCCACCAUCUUAUUGAAAGUAUGGCCUGCCCGCGGUAACAAACUUGAUGUGCGUGGAGAAUCUCAUAGGCUUCGCCCCUAAUGAUCUCUUGUGAUUGGAGGACGCAAUAAACGAACACACCAAAUAAAGAACUGUUUGGGCUACUGGACAGAUUGCAUAUUAUCGGAUCAUCACAAGCCAGUUGCCCACUCAGUGCGCGGUGAAAUGCACCAAGAAGUGUUCUGUUUUGUUUUUUUGGUUUUAAGAAGAGUUCAAACAUUGUUCUUGUAAUGUUUAUUUUGCGAGUCCCUUUAGUUUUUACCUACUGAGUUACCUCUUGAUAAAUGAUUUACUGAGAUUUGCUAACCUGCUCGCUCAGGCUCAGGCAGUGCCAAGAAGUGUUCACUGGGGAAAGUGGUAUCUCUUAACACAUGGUAAUAAGGCAAAAUUUUCUCUAUCCCUUCUGAGUCAAUUGUUGACAAUUGUUGACUGGGUUUUUCACCUUAACAAAUCUACCCCAUGGUAUUUAACUUUUCUUUUAAAAUAUGUUAACAGAUUCUUUUCUUGGUAGCUUGCCUAUGUCUAUUACUGGGGCGGUUAGAAGAAAAGUGGGAAUUUGAAAAUUAUACUGCAUGACUUUUGAUUGCAUCGAAGCCCUUCCACAUACUUGUAAUUAAAACUCAAUUUAUUAAGGAAAAGAACUGAUAGAAUUUUAGGCUAUCCUGGUAGUUUGAACAACUGUGAUUUGUUUACAGAAAUAUAAAAUAAUCAAACUCAAGAAAAGUGCUGUGGUUUCAGUGAAUUUGAGCAUGUGCCAUGCAGCUGUCUUGGGCUUAAGUUACUACAUUUUUUUCCUAGGGUUUCUUUUCUUUCUUUUCUUUUUUUUUUCCCACUGUCUUGGUCAGGAAAACUUAUUCUCCUGGAUUUUGAAGCCUGCCUAAUACUUCUUAUUACUUUAUAACUGAUUUCUUCGUAAUCACAGUUUAAAAUGGGGCGAUUGUUUUUCCUGCCUAACUUCACAUUCAAAAUGAGUCUCCAAUAAGGAAAGGGACUUUUCCCUUGCAAAUCAAACUGUUAAUCAUUGUAAAACCUUGUUUGGUGUAAAUACGCACUCUGGGUUCUGAUAGUUUCUUGCAUAUAUGCAGAUAUAGUUUGACCUUAUAUCUUCAUUGAUUUUAUUCAUUUAUUUUACUCAUACUAAGAAAAUUUUGGAAUUUGAGAAAAUAUAUCACAUUUUAAACUGAGGCUAGCCUAAUACAAGUGAAUUUUUAUCCUUGAAUGUAGAUGUUGGUUUUGUAGAAGAUGCUCUGUGCCAGAGGGAGACUGGCUCUUGAGUUUUGAUGUGUGAGGCAAUCCACAGGCCAGGCCUGUGAGCUCAUUUCAUGUGAGAGUGAAAUGUUCCCACAUGUUUUGGUUUUCUUGUCAUUGUAAAUGUGGUUGAGUUGGUCAGAUCAUAUGUGUUGUUAUGGUCCUCUGUGGUAUCGUUUAUAGAACCCCUAGCUAGUGUGUGGAAGUUUCUGAACACUAUCUCCUACUGCUGGUGCCGUUAGCCAAUGCUUGUGCCAGCUGUUGCUGUUAGCUCCCUUCCAAUAAUUGGAAAAGCAUGAUUAAAAUAGUCUAAGGUUGAGCCGGGCUGUGGUGGCACACGCCUUUAAUCCCAGCACUUGGGAGGCAGAGGCAGGCGGAUUUCUGAGUUCGAGGCCAGCCUGGUCUAUAGAGUGAGUUCCAGGACAGCCAGGGCUACACAGAGAAACCCU